ACAAGUACGUGAGGGAGGACGCCACUUCCAACCAAAGUUGUCAAAUCCUCAUAAUUUUGCGGUAUAAUUCAUUAGUUCCAAUUUUCGUCACGUUCACCAAUAACUUGGUUGCACUUUAUUGACGUGGGUCCAGCGGUGUCGGUCCUGAAAGCCGACUGCUGAAAUUGUUGAAAUUAUCAGAAAAAGAUAACUGCAACGUGUCAACUAAACAUUUAUAUUAAUUCUUCGGCGGUGUAGGCCGUCGUUGAUCAUGGUUCGGAACAGAAAAUCUGGGAAUGCCCAGCCGAAACCUGCUAACAAUAACGAGAGUAGAGAUAGCAGUUCUGGCAGGUCCGUUAGCACUCAGGGGAACAACGAUUAUUCAUGGCUGAGCGGAGUGUUGCGAUUCACGACAGUAUGGAAAUCCCGUCUAGGGUUCAUGAGUUUGCUGGUCGCUAUUUAUGUGGGCGCUUUGGGAUAUUUGGAGACGCGUGUGAACACUCCAUUUGAUGAUAAAAACAAGGUGGUCCAAGAAACCGGUUUGGCCAUACCGGAACGGUACUGGGGGUCGUACCGUCCAAACGUGUAUUUCGGCAUGAAGACCAGAGAGCCGCAGUCACCGGUCUUCGGGAUGAUGUGGUACAACGUAGGCCUGAGGUCACAAAAGGAGAUAAGACACUGGUGCGACCAAGGUGAUAACCUGCCCACAUACGGCUGGCUCCGUCACGAUGGGGUCUCAUUCGGAGAGCAACUCAUAUCGGAUCCGCCUCACACGAUUAUGACGUCGUUUAUUAAGACGAUGGGGGGAGAGCAUGGCGGCCAUUGGACGGCUAGGAUCAAUGUUACUGCUAAAAACAGCAAGAAAUCCAACUUGAUGCUGGUCUGGUACGCAGCGUUGGACGAGUCUCUGUACCCAGUGGACCCCGAGGAGAUCCCGGAGUCUCGUCUGUGGAUGGAAGACGGCGGCCUGCAGGGCUUCACGCCUGAACUGCUAAACUUUAGGAUCAACUUCACCGUGCUGACAGGAAAAGUCCUAAACUCAGCCUACAGCGAAGCGCACGCACCAGGCUUGCAGCUUCUUAAGGAGACUUACUACUCGUUGCUGAGAGAAAGAAAGCAUCCGACAUUCGGUCGGGUCGCUUUCCUUGGCCCUGACCAUCAGCUGCAUGACAAGGAGAAAAACAUAAACUUCCUUCCCAUCCAAAUGUUGAUCGAGACACCAUUUGUGAUGGACUUGGCGUAUACCACCGAAGACUACCCCGCCCCCCCUCUACAGGGGAAAGAAUAUACGAAGGCUUUGGAGGAGAAGAAGAAGGGAUUCGACGAAGAAUUUGAGAAGAAAUUCGGACUUUCUGAGAAGGGCUACCCAGAAGACGACAUAGCAAUAGCCAGAGCGGCCAUGUCCAACAUGCUUGGAGGCGUGGGAUAUUUCUAUGGGUCAGGGCGCGUGCAGUCGCCUUACACUAGGGAACCGGUGCCUUACUGGAGGGCACCCUUGUACACCGCCGUGCCGAGCAGGUCAUUCUUCCCUCGUGGAUUCCUCUGGGACGAAGGUUUCCACGGCCUGCUCAUAGGGAGGUGGUCUCCUGACAUACAGAUGGAUAUAGCAGCUCACUGGAUGGACCUGAUCAAUGUGGAAGGAUGGAUACCUAGAGAACAGAUACUUGGAGCGGAAGCCCUAGCAAGGGUCCCGAAGGAGUUCGUCGUACAAAACAACGCCGCAGCCAAUCCUCCGAUGCUCCUCAUCCAACUAGCUCGCCUCGUGAAGACCAGGCCACACUUGUUCGAGCCAGGAAUGCCUCAUAGAGCCACCCUGGGGCGGAUGUUCACUAGGCUCCAGGCAUGGUACAACUGGUUCCAAACGACCCAGAAAGGGGAAGAACCCACGGCCUACAGAUGGCGCGGCAGAGAAGACGAUGGGAUGCAGCUCAACCCUAAGUCUCUGUCGUCUGGUUUGGACGACUACCCGCGAGCGUCGCAUCCUUCAGAUAUAGAAAGACACGUAGAUCUACGAUGUUGGAUGUAUGCUGCUGCAGACAGUUUGGCAACCAUAGCGCGUGCUAUAAAGAAAGAUCCUAGCAAAUUUGAAGCGACCAAAGAGCAGUUGGGAGACGAGGACCUGCUCAACGAAUUACACUGGUCUACCGCCACGCAGACUUAUGCUGACUACGGUAUGCACACGGACGGUGUGAGGUUCGUCCGGACCAUGCCCAAACACCCGGGCGAGCCGGCCAAGCUGGUGCGAGGUGUGACCGUACCACCUCAACCAAAACUUGUCACUUCUGCCUUCGGUUACAUAUCCCUGUUUCCAAUGCUGCUCAGGGUCUUAACACCUGAGAGCGAGAACCUUGGGAAAAUACUCGAGAACCUCGACAAGCCUGGCUUGCUGUGGUCGCCUUUUGGAUUGAGGUCCCUCUCAAAAUCCUCCCCCCUCUACAUGAAGAGGAACACAGAACACGACCCUCCGUACUGGCGAGGACAGAUCUGGAUCAACAUCAACUAUCUCGCUCUCUCCUCGCUGAAGUACUACGCGAACGCUCCCGGUCCACACAUGGAUAGAGCGAGAGAGCUGCAUUCGAGACUGAAGAACAAUGUAGUCCGUAAUAUCCUCUCAGAAUACAGAAGAACAGGCUACCUCUGGGAGCAGUAUUCUGGCGAAGACGGCCGAGGGUCUGGAUGUAAACCCUUCAGUGGAUGGACUGCCCUCGUGACCCUCAUAAUGGCUGAAGAGUACUGAGCUGUGCGGACUUAAUGCCUUUGCGUGAACUAAAAAAAGUUUAAGAGGCUGUAUGAGUUGAUGCCUUUGCCUGAUUUAAAAAGUAAAGUGUCAAAGGCUGUGAGAACGUGAUGCCUUUGCGUGAUUUAAAAAAAGUAUAGUGUCAAAAGCGGUGAAAGUUAUUUAAAAAGUAAAGUGUCUUAAAGGCGGUAAGAACUUGUUGCCUUUGCGUGUUAAAAAAAUAAACUGUCAAUGUGGCUGUACAGACUUUAUGUCUGUGCUAAAAAGAACUUAAAAGCAAAUUGUCAAUAUGUGAGUUUAUAAGGCUGUUUAAAUUAUGUCUUAGCUUCGUUAAAAAUGACUGAAUGUGUUUGUAAAAUGAAACCUU